AUGCCACUAAUUCCCAAGCUUCGAAGCAGCCACCAUAUAUUAGUUCUGUUUCUCGCGGUGUGGUGUGUAGCAUUCAUCUACUUCGAACAUGUGGUGCCGAGAUCUACAGCCAAUCGUUGCUCGUGGACUGGAAUGUUGCCCACUACAGGCUAUACCAACACGAACAUCCGUGCUACGGUCGCCAAUAAAAAGUCGCUGAGAACUGCUGAUAGAAGAUUAGGCACUCAGACUAAUGUUUUACUUGUGGCGGACCCACAGCUAAUCGACAACCACACAUAUCCUGGUAGAAACAACCUAUUACUCAAGCUCUCCAAGCAUACCGUGGAUGUGUACCUAAAGCAGAAUUACAAGGCGUUGGUCAACUCGCUCCAUCCAGACUAUAUCAUCUUCCUAGGCGACUAUUUGGAUAACGGUCGGCUGCUGCAGGAUGCUUACUACGAAAAGGAAUUUGCAAGGUUUGAAAGUAUCUUCAACAGGUGGCCCAAGAAGUAUGUGCGUGGAUUAAACUUUUUCACGAAUUUGCCUGGAAACCACGAUGUUGGAUUCGGUGACGGUGUGAAACCUUUGCUGCAAAAACGGUUUCUGAAUCAUUUUGGCCAACCAAAUGUCAUCCACUCUAUUAAUGGAGUAGAAUUCGUUCUGCUCGAUACUCCGUCCUUACUGUCGGGCAACAGCGACAUCAGCGCAGACUCAUCGCGGUUCUUGCUGUUGAUUCCUCCACCGAAGGUGCCUCGUGUGCUCCUCUCACAUGUUCCCUUGCGUAGAGAUGUGGAGAAACAUCCAUGUGGGCCACUUAGGGAGAGUAAAAACUUCUACCAGAACGCAGGCUACCAAUACCAGCUGGCACUCAGCCAGGAAGUUACCGAUGAACUCUUACAAAAAGUGCAACCGUCACUCAUUUUCUCUGGAGACGACCAUGACUACUGUGAUGUAGUCCACCCGGGAAAGGCUCGAGAAGUCACUGUGAAGUCCAUUAGUAUGGCUAUGGGAAUCAAAUAUCCUGCCGUUCAGCUUCUUUCAUAUUCUUUUGCUCCGCAAUUUCAAUAUGAGACUCAUAUCUGCUAUUUGCCUGUUCCGUACGUGGACGUCUACGUAUAUGUGUUGAUGGCUGUAGCCAAUGGCCUAAUACUAUUGGCAUGGAGUAUCAAGCAACGAUCCAGCCGCUACAACUACUCUAUUCUUCCCUCAUGGGACGAAAAUACAAGUGCCAUACUAAUGGAUAGUCCGCCUGCUAUGUCACAGAAGGUGUCCAACUUCUUGAAAGAACAAGACGACGCAGCACAUUCCACUUCGCAUUCCGCACCAGUGGUGUCUUUGUCUAACUACACAUUUACGUCUGUCAGUUCCUCGGAUAAGGCAUGGAAAGAGAUCAACAGGGCCAAGCGGAUCGUAAGAAGAUUCUCCAAAAAGUGGAAUUUGGCUACUUUCUUUAAGCACAGUGCAGUCCUCGCUGGUUUAGUCAUUACACUAUACAAUAUUAUUGUGUGGACUGUCUAG